UGGCUAAUGACCUGCUAAUACCCUCAAAUCUCCUUAUAAUAAUAAUAAUAAUAAUAAUGUCCUCAUAUUUCCUCUGUAGUGGCCCGCUCAUCUGGGGGCGUGGCUGGAGUGCAGGGGGAAAAAGGCAGGCGGGGGCGGAGUUAGUCAGCCUGCAGGCUUAGUUAGCACCAAGCUGUCCAGAAAAGACUUUGUUCAAUACAACAUCUAAAAUUGAAGUCCGUUAUCUGUGGUUUUUGAGUCUUUUGAGUUCAGUCCCCAUGACAGUCAGGAAAAUUGGAAAUUUACAAACUAACAAUUGCUUGUUUUGAAAUCGACCACAUCUUUUGUAUGUUAAGCAUUUUGCAGUCUACAUAGACGCAUGAAUAAAGUUGAAGCUGAAAUUGCGUGAUGAUUUCUUUAUUUUUUUUAACUGCACCCACUCCAAUUAUUGCUCAGAAACUCUCAGCAAGUAAUAAAACCCAUUUUACUUCCGUAGUGCUGAUAGGAAAUGUUUUCCUCAGUUAUCCUACUAGAGGUAUAUGAUAUGAGUACAGGUAGGUGUUCUCUGUCUCUCUCUCUGUCUCUCUCUCUGUCUCUCUCGCUCUCUCUGUCUCUAUUUCAGUGGAACCUUUCAGAUGUAGGUGUGUUGUUUUCCUACUAUGUGGCAUUUGAUUUGUUUGCUGCCAUGGGUUGAAGAACCAGAGCCAAGACGUGUGAUAGAGAUGGUUUCAGUUGUUGAUUGAAGUCUGUAAGUUUUUUAUUUCUUUGUUUGCAAAGUGACAGGAUGACCGCCAUUAUUUCCUGCAGUAACGAGUUCAACAUGAAUAACCAAUGAUGAUGACAAACUCCAAUAAACCAUUGUAUUUGGCAAAGACAGCUGCUUUUGGGCUUAUCUGCUGUAUUCUUUGUUUUUUUUUUUACUUUGAGCAGCAGACUCCUGACUGUAAAUCCACAUUCGUCAAAAAGGACGAUGAAGCUGAAUUCACAGAUCCACCAGAAAAGCCAACUAUUCUGAUUUGGUGGUGGCCUCUUGGUGUGAAGUUUGAUUUUAAAAUUUGUUCGACCUACUUCCACAUCGACAGCUGCAUUCUGACAGAUAACAGAUCCCUGUACCACAAAGCGGCAGGGGUCAUUUUCUAUCACAAACAUAUAGGCUGGGAUUUGAAAAACUUGCCUCAGGAUCCGCGUCCAUCUUUCCAGAAGUGGAUUUGGUAUAAUGUGGAAUCGCCAAAGAACACAGCGAGAAAGCCAGUGGAUAACAUUUUCAACUUAACGCUAAGUUACACAAGGGACGCCGACAUCACGGUGAGGAACGAACUGACAGUCAGACAAUCAGAGACAAAUGAAACCUUUGUUCUGCCUAAAAAAAACAAACUGGUGUGUUGGAUUGUGAGUAAUAAAGCUCAUUUUACUGGGACGGCUACAAGAGAAAACUACUACCAUGAACUGUCCAAACAUGUUAAAGUUACGGUCUAUGGCGCUGCUUUUGGAGGGGGGUUUUUGAGUUAUGAUCACUAUUACUUGACCAUUGCUUCCUGUAAGUUUUACCUCUCGUUUGAGAACUCGCUGCACAAAGACUACAUCACAGAGAAGAUCAACGGACCGCUAGUAGCAGGGACAGUACCUGUAGUUUUGGGACCACCAAGAGAAAACUAUGAGCAGUUCUACCCCUCUGAUUCAUUCAUUCAUGUAAAUGAUUUCCCUGAUGCAAAGUCACUGGCAGAUUAUCUGAUCCACUUGGACAAGAACAACGAGAUGUACAUGAGCUACUUUGAAUGGAGGAAAUACUACACAGCCACCCCUCAUCUCCUGUCAACACAAAAUGAGUUCAUUCAUCCCAUCUGCCUCGCCUGUGACCAUAUAGCACGGGACCCCACAGUCCAUGUAGUUCAGGAGCUAAAUAGGUGGUAUUUUUCAUGAUACAUAAAAAAAAAAAAAAAAACAUUAUUUACAACAUGGAUUUCCAUCUUGUUUAAAUGGAUCUGUCCCCUAUUAAAACAGCAGUGGGUAGCAUAUACGUAGCUAUGGCACCUCAUAAACUUUGUACAAUAUCAAGCCGAAACUUCCAAAAAGACUGAUAUAAUUAAGUUCAGACAACAACAAGCCAGUACUAGAUCAUAUGUUUCUUUCAUUGUCUCUGAGCAGCUGUACUUGUUAGCAUAGUAUGUAGCUAGCUUGUAACACUAGCUUGUAACACAAACUAGUUUGUGGAUAAGAUUAAAGGAUUAUUCUUUUUUAAAUUCCA